CGUCCAAUAAUUCCCGACCAGCAAUUCUCAAGAGACGUCAACCUCAUUUUGAAGGGACUUUCUUCCAAUUGACCACCACGCACCACCUCGUCCUAUCCUUCUCCUCUCCUCUGUCCCUUGAUUCCGUCGAGACGACACGAUGCUCCGACAAUCUCUAGCUCGUUCGGCUUGGCGGACUGGCAGCCAUGUCGCCAAAUCCUCGAGAGCUUUUUCAGCAACGCCUCGGCGGCCGGCAGAGGUGGAGCUUACCGUUGAUGGAAAGAAGGUGUCUAUCGAAGCCGGAUCAGCUUUAAUUCAGGCCUGCGAGAAAGCCGGCGUUACUGUCCCUAGAUAUUGUUACCACGAGAAAUUAAUGAUCGCUGGAAACUGUCGUAUGUGCUUAGUAGAAGUCGAACGUGCGCCGAAGCCUGUUGCCUCUUGCGCCUGGCCAGUACAACCAGGAAUGGUGGUAAAGACGAACUCGCCUCUCACACAUAAAGCCCGCGAGGGCGUCAUGGAAUUCCUCCUAGCGAACCACCCGUUAGACUGCCCCAUCUGCGAUCAGGGUGGUGAAUGUGAUCUCCAGGACCAAUCCAUGCGAUACGGAGCCGACAGGGGCCGGUUCCACGAAAUCGAUGGCAAGCGAGCGGUGGAAGAUAAGAAUAUAGGACCCCUAAUCAAGACCUCGAUGAACCGAUGUAUCCAUUGUACGAGAUGUAUUCGAUUUGCGAACGAUAUAGCUGGUGCCCCUGAGAUGGGCUCCUUCGGACGAGGAAACGACAUUCAAAUUGGCACGUACUUGGAACAGAACCUCGAUUCUGAGAUGUCGGGUAACGUCAUCGACCUUUGCCCCGUCGGCGCUCUCACAUCCAAGCCCUAUGCCUUCCGAGCCCGCCCCUGGGAAUUAAAGAAGACGGAAUCAGUCGAUGUGCACGAUGCCUUAGGAUCUGCUAUCCGUGUAGACUCGCGAGGUCUCGAGGUCAUGCGAAUUCUCCCUCGACUUAACGAUGAUAUCAAUGAAGAAUGGAUCAACGACAAGACCCGGUUCGCGUGUGAUGGUCUGAAAACACAGCGUCUAACUAUGCCGCUGGUACGACGAGAAGGUAAAUUUGAGCCUGCUUCUUGGGAACAGGCCUUGACAGAGAUUGCGGCGGCACACCGACAACUCGCACCAAAGGGUAAUGAGUUCAAGGCGAUCGCCGGUGAGCUCACUGAGGUUGAGUCGUUGGUUGCCAUGAAGGACCUAGCCAAUAAGCUCGGAUCUGAGAACCUCGCCCUCGAUAUGCCCUCGGGGAGCCAACCCCUGGCUCACGGAAUUGACGUCAGAUCUAACUACCUCUUCAACUCCAAGAUCGCUGCUGUCGAAGACGUCGACUACUUACUACUCGUCGGCACUAACCCGAGACACGAAGCUGCCGGCUUGAACGCUCGUAUCCGAAAGCAGUGGCUAAGGUCAGAUCUAGAAAUCGGUGUCGUAGGUGAACCGUGGGAGUCAACUUUCGAGUUUGAACACCUCGGUACGGACCUUGCGGCCUUAAAGAAAGCUCUGACCGGUCCUUUCGGCAAGAAACUUCAGUCUGCCAAGAAGCCAAUGAUUGUUGUUGGCUCUGGUGUGACAGAUCACCCUGAUGCCAAGGCUUUCUACGAGCUUAUUGGUUCUUUCGUCGAGAAGAACGCCGCAAACUUCCUGACCGAGGAGCAUAACGGAUUCAAUAUUCUACAAAGGGCAGCUUCAAGAGCAGGUGCCUUUGAGGUCGGCUUCACAACACCCUCCCCCGAGGUCGCCGAAACGAAACCCAAGUUCGUCUGGCUCCUGGGUGCUGACGAAUUUGCUGAUGCCGAUAUUCCCAAGGACGCUUUCGUCGUCUACCAAGGCCACCACGGUGAUCGCGGCGCCCAGAUCGCCGACGUCGUUCUACCCGGCGCUGCCUAUACCGAAAAAGCCGGCACUUAUGUUAACACUGAGGGUCGCGCACAGAUGACUCGUGCCGCCACCUCAUUACCUGGUGCCGCCCGAACAGACUGGAAGAUCAUCCGAGCAAUCAGCGAGUUCCUCGGAGCACCUCUACCAUACGAUGAUGUCGCCCAACUACGUGACAGGUUAUUCGAGAUCAGCCCUGCGCUCGCUUCGUACGAUGUCGUCGAGCCCACAUCCGUGAAGCAUCUAAGCAAGGUGCAAUUAGUAGACCAGAACAAGGGCGCCAAAUUCACUAAUGAACCCCUAAAGAAGGUUAUCCAAGACUUCUACUUCACAGACGUUAUCUCGAGAAGUUCCCCGACGAUGGCACGAUGUUCAGUUGCCAAGGCAACGGGCAAUCCCAACAACAACCUGAUGGCCCCCGGCAUGACGGAUGACAGGCCGAUGGGCCAGGUCGCCUACGGUGCGUGAGAGGGCGUAUACGCUACCCGAGUGUAACGAGAUUAAUAGAAACGUGAACCUAAAAAGGGGGGAGGGUAGGUUUUCGAGUCUAUCACUGCCGCUGCUACUUAUCCGCGCUGGGAAUUGGUCUUCCUUGAUUGUUUUCUUUGUCACUGGGCGCAUCCAUCGGCAUCGCAAUGUACAUACUAUUAGUACAGGUUCACGGAGUAGAAGAAAGUACAUAAAGUGCCCAGAAUACCCACGCUUCCGUGUUUCUUGUGCAGAUCCCAUCAUCGUCUAGAACCCCUUAGCAUACUAGGGUCGAGUAGAAGAGGCUCGAUAUCGAGUUCGAUUUCCCUAUUGGACUUAGUUUAUCA